UUUUUAGAGACACCCUUCGCAAUGAAUUCAUAAUUUGGUUGCUAUUUGAAAUGUUCAAUCGGAAACCUUAGAUACGUGCUUAGCUACGGCAAAAACAACAAGUAUUAGGUACUGUGAAUGUCACUGUAUUGAAUUAUUUCUCGAUGAAUGUUUUGAUUCUUCAACAUGUAUUCUGAAGAUAAAACUUGUACGUCAAACGAAGCACCGAAAAAGUAUGGACCGAAAGCUAUCCCUCGGAUGCCUUGGAUGCCGCAAGCAGGUCCGGAACUGGAAACUGACAAUUCGAAGUUCGUAAGAAGGGUUCGAGAGGGGCUGAAAUAUCCGCCCUUGUUUGCGAAUAAGUCUUGGACUAGAAGCGUUCCCCAAAAAGAUACACAGCAGUAUUACAAACCAUCAGAAACCAUCGGCGCUGCUAUAAAUCCACAAUUGCAGGACUUGAAAAUUCAGGAUUUGAAAAGAAGGCAUAAAAAAGUUCAAGAAAACCCGUUAGGACCUGAUGGUAAAUUGCAAUAUCCUCCCAAAAAAUCUAAAUAUGAACAAGAGGCAGAAAAAAACAAGAUAGAGGAGAAGAGGAAAAAAGAUUCGAAAUUAGUAGACAUUGAAGAGCUUCUAUCCGGAAGAUAUUGGAAGAAAAGGAAAGAAAAACAGGAAAAGAAAGCAAAAGAAAAAGCAAUGAGACUCAAACUGAUCGCUCUGGAGAAAACAGAAUUUUUUCCGGAUGAAUCAACGGAGUUAUGUAAGAUGCAAGCACCACUACCUAUCCACCCAGAUGAACAAAAGGCAUAUCUAUUGAAUGUGGCAGAAAAUGAUAUGCGAAAAAUGGUUCUUUCAUCUUGCAUCAAAAGGAUUAUAUACUACUUGACAGACGGAAUGGACUCAACAGUUAUAUCGGAUUUCAAAACUGAAUACAUCGAUACUGCUAUUGGACGGAUACCAUCAAGAUAUAAACAGUUGAGAGAUUAUAAGGCUAUCAUUGAAGGUCAUAAAAAUGAAAUACUGAAGUAUUAUGAGGAACACAUGAGGUUGAAUUUAUUGAGGUUUAUUUUGAAAGACCCCGCAGAACACGAAAGACUUAAAAUUUAUACAUUUCCCUCAUUCUGGCCAACGUUGCACAUUCGAGCACCUAUACCUUGGCAUACGAACAAAAUACUAGGCGAACAUAAGAUGCAAACGCAUUUUUACUUAGGAAAUAUUAUUGCUAUAAAAGUAAGGAAUUUGUGGUUCGAAAGAUUCGAAGAUAUGUGUAUAGUUACGACUGAAUCCUUGCAAGAAAAACACCGCUUUCCGCUGGAACCGAACGUUUUCGAACAGACCAUGGAUAUGUUAUGUCAAAGAGUCCGGGACCGAAUAGAAGGCGAUUUGAUUACAUCUUGUGCAGAUAUAUUUUUGGAGUAUAAAUGGGCCUGGAAGCAGUAUAUUCCUAAGAGGCCCGUGGAAUCAGUCGAAUUAGUUGAGAGAUUUUUCAUCUGUAUCAAUAACUUGCUAUCUAUAUUGAUCCGAAAAAUGGUGGUUAAGAGUUUACAAUACUUCUUGAACUACAUCUAUCAGUAUAAGGAUGGAAAUGGGUACGAAGAAGAAUAUCAUGAUUUGGCCCUCAUUCACAUGCCAAUAAUUAGUGUUAAAGCUAAAGGACGUAUAGGAACAAAUGAAAUUUAUUUGGAUCCUUCUUUGCCAGAAUUGAAAGAAAUAAUACGGGGAGCAUUUCUCAAAAUGAUAGCAGUCAACAAAAAUAUCUUGAGAAUUGAAAAUAUAAUGUUUCCAGAAUUUGCAAGUCAUAAAACAUACCUUAUGGCCAUCCAUGAAGAUGAUGAGGUUGUUAUAAAUAUGUUGAAUCAAGCAAUGGAGAUCUUCGAUGCAAAUACAAUUGGUCCUAUGAAAUAUCUAAAAUUAUAUGAGGAUUAUUUUUAUAUCCUGAACGGAAAUGCGGAGAAGGAACUAGAAGAUUUUUUUGCUAUGGAUCCUUUUCCCUACCUGAAGGAUUUUUCGAAGAAAAUUCGCGCUUACGAGAAGAAGAAGAAUGAAAUAAUUGAUCUCCGAAGAAACAUUCCUCUGAAUAUGGUGAACUUGGACUGCAGUUACCUGAAUGAAACUCUGUACAAUAUAAUUGAUGGUUUGCGAACCCAUAUUGUGAAGUAUUUCAUUGAUGAUACUCACAUCUCUAAUAGAAGAAUAUGCGAUAAAUUCGAUGAAAUGUCUACUAACGUCAGUAUACAGACAAGCACAGUGGCAGAAUUGGUCGCUCUUCAAAACUACAUAAUCGAAUCAAGAGAUGUCACAAUGUACAACCUGCGAGAACAAAUACGAAGAUCUGUGGAGAAUAUCAUGUUUCUGAUGGACCAUGCACAUCUACCUAUGGAAGAAAUUCAUUUGAACUGUAGAACAUUUUUAUGGCCCAAGGACAUGGAAGUAGUCAUAGAGUUAGCUAUACAGAGAGUGAACAUGAAGAGGGAUCAAGCAGAGGUGGCUCUCAAAAGUAAGCGUUCUAUAUUUGACAACAAACUAUUGAAACAUGAAAAAUUGGUCCACGCUUUCCGUAAAAAGGAUCCUGCAAUCCUCACAAUGGAGGAAAUGGAAGAAAAUGCAAAAUUGGUUGAAGAAAUUGUAGAAAAACUACAGGAAGACAAAAAAGAAGCAGAAAAUAUAAAUGAAGAGGAGCAACUUCUUGAUUUCGACCCAUCGCCAUUCUUCAAUCUACAUAAAAUGCUGAACAUAAUAGAGCCCUAUGAUAAAUUAUGGCAUACUGUUUACGAUUUCCAUCUGAAGUACGAUUUGUGGUAUUACGGUCCAUUUUUGGGUUUGGAUGCCGAGGCAGUAUCUGAAUAUGUUGAGAAUACAUGGAGGGUCCUCUAUAAACUAGCUAAAUCAUUGAGCGAUAACCCUGGUGCUAAAAGAGUGGCGGAAAUUGUAAGGUCAAAAGUGGAAAAAUUCAGACAAUUUCUUCCUGUUUUAACCACUGUUUGCAAUAAAGGUCUCCAGAAGCGACAUUGGGAUAUGAUCGGUGAAAUCGUGGGCGUUUCCUUGUCAAUAGGUCCAGAAUCCACAUUGAAUGAAAUGAUUGAAGCCGGUUUACCGAAAUUUUCAUCCAAACUAGAGGAAAUUAGUGGUGCUGCUACCAAAGAGUAUGCGCUUGAGAAGAAUUUGAAGAAAAUGAAAGAGGAAUGGACCGACAUACGCUUUGAUUGUGUGCCUUACAGAGAAACUGGAGUUCAUAUAUUAUCAGCAGUGGAUGAUAUACAAGUUUUAAUGGAUGAUCAUAUUUUGAAAGCUCAAACUAUGCGUGGUUCACCAUAUGUAAAAGCAUUUGAACACGAAAUGCAGGCUUGGGAAGAUAAAUUGUUGACUAUGCAAGAUAUACUGGAAGCUUGGUUGCAGAAUCAAGCGACGUGGAUGUACUUGGAGCCCAUAUUCAGUUCGGAAGAUAUAAUGAGACAAAUGCCAACUGAAGCAAGAAAUUUCAAGACUGUGGACAAGAUGUGGAGAGCCGUGAUGGCGAAUACAAUUCAAGAUACUAGAGUACUCGUAGCUACAGAUUACAAGAGCUUAUUGAUCAUUUUAAGAGAAAACAAUCGUCUAUUGGAUGAAAUUCAGAAAGGAUUGAACGAUUACUUAGAAAAGAAAAGGCUGUUUUUUCCGAGAUUUUUCUUCUUAUCCAAUGAUGAGCUCCUGGAAAUUCUAUCAGAGACUAAGGAUCCAUUGAGAGUUCAACCUCACCUGAAAAAAUGCUUUGAAGGAAUUUACCUUCUGGACUUUACACUGGAAGAAGAAGUAGUUGGAAUGAUAAGUGCUGAAAAAGAAAUCGUACCUUUGAGCGGAAAAAUUAUUCCUGCAGAUGCAAAGGGAAUGGUGGAAAAAUGGUUGGUCCAAGUAGAGCAACUAAUGAUUCAAUCACUCAAAGAUAUCACCAGGGAUGCCCUUUUCGCAUAUGCAUCUAUGGAUAGGCCAGAAUGGAUUGUUUCUUGGCCAGGCCAGGUCGUUCAGUGUGUCAACUCCAUACAGUGGACCACCGAUGUAACUGAAUCAAUCCAGCAAGGUCACCUGGAAGAUCAAAUCGAUAGAUGUACAGAUCAAAUUGAACAGAGCGUCAAAAUGGUGCAGGGUAAACUCGAGGAUGGGAAUAGAAUAACAGUGGAGGCGCUCAUUGUUAUAGAUGUGCAUGCACGUGAUAUUGUCAAAGAACUAGCAGAGAGAAAAGUUGAAACAACUGCAGACUUCAGCUGGAUAUCACAGUUACGAUACUAUUGGAAAGAGAUGUUAGUUGGUGUUUGUAUGAUAACAACAGAAGUCAUGUAUGGUUUUGAGUAUCUUGGGAAUUUCGGUAGACUAGUAGUAACACCAUUGACCGACAGAUGUUACAGAACAUUAAUGGGAGCUUUGAAGCUCAAUCUUGGAGGAGCUCCUGAAGGUCCUGCUGGAACGGGAAAAACCGAAACAUGUAAAGAUUUAGCGAAAGCUGUCGCUAAGAAAUGUGUUGUGUUCAACUGCUCUGAUGGCUUGGAUUAUAAGGCUCUAGGAAAAUUUUUUAAGGGUCUUGCCCAAGCAGGAGCAUGGGCAUGUUUCGAUGAAUUCAAUAGAAUAGAAUUGGAAGUACUAUCUGUAGUUGCUCAACAAAUUCUCAGUAUCCAGAUGGCAGUUGCAGCUAAGCUGAAGAAAUUUGUAUUCGAAGGAACGGAAAUAACCUUAGAUCCAACCUGUACUUGCUUUAUCACUAUGAAUCCUGGAUAUGCUGGUCGUCAAGAGCUGCCUGACAAUCUUAAGGUUUUGUUUAGAACCGUAGCGAUGAUGGUUCCUGACUAUGCAUUAAUAGGAGAAAUAUCACUAUAUUCCUUCGGAUUUGUGGAUGCUAGCAGCCUUGCCCAGAAAAUCGUUCACACUUACAAGUUAUGUUCUGAACAAUUGUCAUCUCAGAAUCACUAUGAUUAUGGUAUGAGAGCAGUGAAGUCAGUAUUACUGGCAGCAGGAGCUCUGAAGAAAGCCUACCCUCAUUCACCAGAGGCGCAGUUGGUCCUCAGGGCAAUAAUUGAUGUUAACCUACCGAAGUUUUUAGCGCAGGAUGUACCGCUCUUCGAAGGAAUAUUUUCUGAUCUUUUUCCUGGUGUUGAAAUACCAAAAUUCGAACGAGGUGAUUUAAUAGAGCAUCUGAAGAAAGAACUCCUUCGGAAAAAUCUCCAACCCACACCUUGGUUCGUCGAGAAAUGUAUGCAAAUAUAUGAAAUGAUUCUAGUGCGGCAUGGCUUGAUGAUUGUAGGAAGACCCAUGGGUGGAAAAACAAUGGCAUACCAGACCCUUGGAGAAGCCUUAGGAGCAUUGAACCAGGAUAAAGGUGCGAAACUGAAAGAAAGUAAAGUUGUUUAUAGAAUAAUCAAUCCUAAAGCUAUAACUAUGGGUCAGUUGUAUGGUCAGUUUGAUCCUGCUUCACAUGAGUGGACAGAUGGAGUUCUUGCAGUUACUUUUCGAGAAUACGCUAACAGCACGACACCAGAUCGAAAAUGGAUUAUGUUUGAUGGUCCUGUUGAUGCUGUUUGGAUAGAAAAUAUGAAUACGGUACUCGAUGAUAACAAAAAACUAUGUUUGAUGAGCGGUGAGAUUAUUCAGAUGUCGAAUAAAAUGAAUCUGAUAUUCGAACCUGCUGAUUUGGAGCAGGCAUCCCCAGCAACUGUAUCUAGAUGCGGUAUGAUAUACAUGGAACCACAACUUUUAGGAUGGGAACCGUUGAAAGUAUCCUAUCUAAAUACUUUGUCCAAAACACUACUGGUUGAGCAGUUGGAAAUUCUGGAUGAACUUAUUGAUUGGGUUGUGCCAACCAGCCUCAGAUACAUAUCUAGAAAAUGCAAGCGGUUUGUUGAAACAUCCGAAAUUCAUCAAUUUUUUACAUUCACGCGACUAUUCACCUGCAUGCUGGCAGGAGAACAACAAGUUAGUACUAUAUGGCUGCAGUCAGUUUUUCUGUUCUGCAUAGUUUGGGGCUUGGGGUCAACACUCACGGCAGAUGGUCAAAAGAUCUUUGAUGCAUUCUUCAGAAAACUUCUGAAUGGCGACAACAAGAAUCACCCUAAACCUAAAUCGUUCAAAUUGACAAAAAAUCAGGUAUUUCCUGAACGGUUCAAUAUUUAUGAAUGGAUUUAUGAGAAGAAAAAUAAUGGACAAUGGACUCUCUGGGCUGACACUGUCGAUAAAAUUCAACAAAUACCUGCAAACGCUAAAGUGAGCGAAUUGAUCAUUACCACGAACCAAUCUUGUCUACAGAGAUUCUUUUUGAAGAUGUGUAUGGGUAGGGAAAUACCGAUUCUUUUCGUAGGACCCACAGGGACUGGAAAAACGGCAGUUGUUCUGGACCAUCUUAUAAAUUUACCUAAAGAAAAGUAUCUGCCUAAUGUGAUCAACUUCAGUGCCAGGACAAAUUCGACAAUGACUCAAGAGAUGGUACUGGCAAAGCUAGACAAACGAAGAAGAGGUGUUUUCGGUCCUUCGAUGGGUAAAAAAUGCGUUCUCUUCGUUGAUGAUGUUGGGAUGCCCCAAAAAGAGCAAUGGGGUGCACAACCACCGAUAGAAUUACUGAGACAAUGGAUAAAUCAUGGACACUGGUUCGCUAAAGAUACUGCUAUGCUCCAUAUCGUAGAUGUGAUGUUCGUCGGAGCUAUGGGACCUCCAGGUGGGGGAAGAAAUGAAGUCACAGAUCGCUUCUUAAGACAUAACGUUAUCAUUUGCCUGGACGCUUUUGAUGAUAAUACGUUGUCGAAAAUUUUCACCACAAUUAUGGAAUGGCAUUUGGCGAAAGGUUAUGAGGAACCAGUUGCUCGACUCUCAAAGUUUUGCGUUGCUGCAACCAUGGAAGUUUUCAAAGAAGCCACUGUGAAAUUUUUACCAACUCCGGCUAAAUCCCAUUACACAUUUUCUCUGCGAGAUUUUUCCAGAGUAAUUAAUGGAUUACUUCUAACCCCUUGUGCCCAAAUGGACGACCCGGAUAAGUUUAUCAGAUUAUGGAUCCAUGAGUGCUAUAGAGUUUUCCAUGAUCGACUCAUAGACGAAGGAGACAGAAUCACUCUAUUCGGUAUAGUGAGACACGCCUGCUACGAAAAUUUUCGUCAACACUUGCAGAAAGUUUGUGCCAACCUGCUCACUGAAGAUGAUGAAAAGAUUGCUCCCCACCAUAUAAGGAAAUUAUUUUUUGGAAACUUUCUCUUUCCUGAUGCCACCACCAAGAUAUAUGAUGAGAUAAUCGAUAUGGAGGACCUCGUUGAGAAAAUGGAGUAUUACUUAAAUGAGUACAAUCUGAUAUCCAAAUCUCCAAUGAACUUGGUCAUGUUUCAAUUCGCCAUAGAGCAUGUAUCUAGAGUCUCCAGGGUACUCACUCAACCUAAUGGAAAUUGUCUGCUAGUCGGCAUCGGUGGAUCGGGUAGGCAUAGUGCUGUAAAAAUGGCAUCAUUCAUGGCAGAGUACGCUGUAUUUGAGAUUGAACUGAGCCGUAAUUAUGGUAUAAUUGAGUGGCGCGACGAUUUGAAAAAAUUGUUAUUGAAAGCUGGCGCUGAAGGAAAAACUACAACUUUUUUAUUUGCCGAUACACAGAUCGCAGAUGAGCUUUUCAUAGAAGAUAUAAACACAGUACUGAAUACAGCAGAUGUUCCAAACUUAUAUGCACCAGAUGAGAAAGGAGAUAUAUUGGAAAAAAUGCAAGCUGCUGCUAAGGACUCGCCGAAAAAAAUUGACUCCACACCCCUUGCACUGUACAACUAUUUUAUUGAAAGAGUGAAAAGUAACUUACAUGUUGCUUUAUGUAUGAGCCCAAUUGGUGAUGCGUUCAGAUUGAGAUGCAGAAUGUUUCCUUCCCUGAUAAAUGGGUGCACGAUAGAUUGGUUUACGAAAUGGCCAGAUGAUGCUUUAGAGAGGGUGGCAGAUAUGUUUCUUUCAGAUACCGACAUCGAUAAAGAAAUGGUAACGAAGUGUGUAUCAAUUUGUCAAUAUUUCCAUGUGACAGUUCAAGAGUUAUCUGAAAGAUUCAAGACGGAUAAACGCAGGAUAACUUACAUAACACCGACUUCCUACUUGGAGUUGAUCCAAACUUUUAAAAGUUUGUACUAUUGGAAGGUAGAGCAAAUAACUACACAACGGAACAGAUAUGAAACAGGAUUGGACAAAUUAGAUUUUGCUGCUGGACAAGUCAGUAUAAUGCAAGACGAAUUGAGAGAACUGCAGCCAAAACUGAUUGUUGCUUCUGCGAAAACGGACAAGUUGAUGAUAAAAAUAGAGCAGGAUACCGUAUUGGUGGAAAAACAGAAAGAGAUUGUUGGAGCCGAUGAAGCUGUGGCUAAUGAAGCAGCUGCGGCUGCUCAAGCGAUUAAAGAUGAUUGUGAGUCUGAUUUAUCUGAGGCGAUACCAGCCUUAGAAGCAGCAUUGGAUGCUUUGAAUACUUUGAAGCCCGCCGAUAUUACUAUAGUGAAAUCUAUGAAAAAUCCUCCUUCCGGAGUGAAAUUGGUUAUGGAGGCAGUCUGUGUGAUGAAACAAGCGAAACCAGACAGAAAACCCGAUCCCUCUACAGGAAAGAUGGUAGAAGAUUGGUGGGGACCCUCCCUGAAAAUUUUGGGUGAUAUGAAAUUUUUAGAUUCAUUGAAGACCUAUGAUAAGGACAAUAUUCCUCCUACAGUGAUGAAAAGAAUAAGAGAUAGGUUCAUGACUGACAGAGAGUUCGACCCUGAACGCAUAAAAAGUGUUUCUACAGCUUGUGAAGGGCUUUGUAAAUGGGUUCGUGCUAUGGAAGUAUACGACAGAGUUAUCAAGAUUGUUGCACCUAAAAAGGCUCGACUAGAAGAAGCAGAAGCGGAAUUGGCAGUACUCAUGGAUACUUUGAAUGCGAAAAGGGCUCAACUACAAGAGGUUACCGAUAAACUACAAGCACUCAACGAUGAACUAGCCACUGAAACCAGAAAGAAGAAAGAGCUAGAGGAUUCUAUUAAUUUAUGUUCCCAAAAAUUGGACAGAGCAGAGAAACUCAUUGGAGGUCUUGGAGGGGAAAAAUCGCGCUGGUCUGACACUGCUAAAGCACUUCUAGAGUUACUCGGUAAUGUGAUUGGAGACGUGAUGUUAUCAGCUGGAACUAUUGCUUAUUUAGGCCCCUUCACUGUGGACUUCCGGCAAGAAAUGAUGAAGAAAUGGAAUGUUUUCGCGAAGAAUUCCGGCAUUCCUUGUUCUGAUAUAUUUUCAUUGGUUUCUACAAUGGGUGAACCAGUUCUAAUAAGAGCUUGGAAUAUUGCUGGUCUUCCUGUUGAUAAUUACAGUAUCGAAAACGGAAUAAUCGUUAAGGAAGCUAGAAGAUGGCCUCUCAUGAUUGAUCCACAAGGUCAAGCUAACAAAUGGAUUAAAAAUAUGGAAAAAUACAACAAACUAACUGUGAUCAAACUCACCGACUCUAACUACACUAGAAUACUCGAUAAUGCCAUAACAUUUGGGACACCUGUGAUGUUGGAAAACAUCAACGAAGACAUCGAUGCUGUAUUAGACCCAGUGCUUGCGAAAAACGUCUUCAAACAACAAGGAGUGUGGUAUUUGAAGUUCGGCGAUAACGUUCUCGAAUAUAAUUUCGAUUUUCGUUUCUACGUAACUACAAGAUUGAGAAAUCCCCAUUACCUGCCUGAGCUAGCCGUUAAAGUAACUUUACUUAACUUCAUGAUAACUCCACAAGGUCUUCAAGACCAACUUCUAGGAAUUGUCGUCGCUAAAGAAAGACCAGAGCUGGAAGAAAAGAAAAACGCUAUUAUUAUAGAAAGUGCUAAUAAUAAGAAAACAUUAAAAGAGGUCGAAGAUAAAAUAUUAGAGGUAUUAUCUUCAUCAGAAGGAAACAUUUUGGAGGACGAAACUGCAAUAAAAAUACUAUCCUCGAGUAGAGUAUUAUCGGAAGAGAUUCAAAAUAAGCAAAAAAUGGCUGAAGUGACUGGCCAAGAGAUAGAUUUUGCGAGAAAUCAGUACAUACCAGUUUCCAAGCACUCUUCGAUUCUAUUUUUCUGUAUUUCGGAUAUGGCUAAUAUCGAUCCAAUGUAUCAGUACUCUUUGGGAUGGUUUAUAAAUCUUUACAAUCAAGCUAUCUUAAACAGCACUAAAUCUCAAGUACUGGAAGAACGAAUUGGUUACCUGAACAAUUAUUUCACCAACAAUAUUUAUAGAAAUAUUUGCAGAUCAUUGUUCGAAAAAGACAAAUUGAUUUUCUCGUUCGUUUUGACUGUGGGAAUUCGAAGAGCUGAGCAAAUGAUCAAUGAAGAAUGUUUAGCGUUUUUGCUUACUGGGGGUGUAGCCUUAGACAAUCCAUUUGCGAAUCCUGCCCCAGAAUGGCUUUCGGAAAAAUCCUGGUCUGAAAUUGUGCGUUCAAGUCCAUUGAAAGGCCUGGAGGGCUUCAAAGAUUCUGUGCGGAAUAACAUUGGAGCGUGGAAGGAAUUCUACGACGUUUCCAAUCCACAUGAGGUUCCUAUGCCCGAACCUUUUGACAAGAUUAAAGGUUUGCAGCGCCUAGUCGCUCUACGAUGUAUACGACCCGACAAAGUUGUUCCGGCAGUUCAGAUGUACAUCGUGGAGGAAAUGGGACAGAGCUAUCUAGAACCACCCCAAUUCAAUAUUGAAGAAUCGUAUAACGAUAGUAAUUGUUGCUCACCACUUAUUUUCAUAUUGUCCCCUGGAUCAGAUCCUAUGGCUGGUUUGGUUCGUUUUGCUGCGGAUAAGGGUAUUCCCAAGACCAAGUUAUUCACAAUAUCCCUAGGACAAGGUCAGGGUCCAAUAGCAUCAGGUAUGAUUAAUACUGCACUUCAAACUGGCCAAUGGGUUGUCCUGCAAAACUGUCAUCUGGCUGAGAGUUGGAUGAGAGAACUGGAUAGAAUUUGUGAUGAGGUGAUAGUUCCUGAGAACACUGACACACAUUUUCGUUUAUGGCUCACCAGCUAUCCAAGUAGAUCGUUUCCAGUAGCCAUCCUACAAAACGGAGUGAAGAUGACAAAUGAAGCUCCCAAAGGCUUACGUCAGAAUCUAAUCAGAUCAUAUAUGUCAGAUCCCAUUUCCGACUCGUCAUUCUACGAGGCUUGCCCAAACUGGAGAGCAUUUCAAACUCUUUUGUUUGCCUUAUGCUUUUUCCAUGCACUAGUUCAGGAAAGAAGAAAGUUUGGACCGCUCGGCUGGAAUAUUCCUUAUGAGUUUAAUGAAUCUGAUCUGAGAAUUUGUGUUCUUCAGUUACAAAUGUUUCUGAGUGAUUAUAAAGAGGUACCAUAUGAAGCCCUUACUUAUCUAGCAGGAGAAUGUAACUAUGGGGGACGAGUGACCGACGAUAAGGACAGAAGACUGCUCAAUUCCCUCCUCAGUAUAUUUUAUACCCCAGAAACAGUUAUAACCCCACUUUACAAAUUCUCCCCUAGUGGUAUUUACUACGUUCCGCAAGAUACUACAUACGAAGGAUGUGUGAAUUAUAUAAAAUCUUUACCCUUAAUACCGCUUCCUGAGGUUUACGGCCUUCACGAAAAUGCCGACAUAACGAAAGAUAACCAAGAAACAGCAACACUUCUCAGUGGAGUUCUGUUGACGCAAACACAACUGAUAGCUGGCGGUGCUGGGGAAGAUACACAAGGUGCUAUUAUCGACCUAGCUAACGACAUCUUGGGAAAAAUUCCACCACAGUUCGAUAUCAUAGAUGUCAGCGAAAAAUAUCCAGUAAUGUACACUAAUUCUAUGAACACAGUUCUGAGACAGGAACUCAUAAGGUUCAAUAGACUCAUUGAUGUUGUGGAAAGAACAUUGAGAGAUAUGGUGAAGGCUGUCAAGGGUUUAGUUGUCAUGUCAUCCGAAUUGGAAGAGGUAACGAAUUCACUGAUGAUCGGCAAGGUACCAGACGCCUGGGCAUCUAAAAGUUAUCCCAGCCUGAAACCAUUGGGCUCUUACGUUACAGACUUGUUGCUCAGACUCAAAUUUUUCCAAGAUUGGAUUGACAAUGGACCAUCAAAUGUUUUUUGGUUAUCCGGUUUUUAUUUUACUCAAUCAUUCCUGACUGGAGUUCUCCAGAAUUUCUCUAGGAAGAGAAAACUUCCCAUCGAUUGGAUACACUUUGAAUUUUUCACAACUGGUUAUGAGACAGAUACGAAAGAGACCCCGGAAAUUGGAGUAUACACUAAACACAUAUUAGGAAUUGAAGAAUUCAGUGUCUUGGUGGAAGGAUUGUUCUUGGAAGGUGCUCGUUGGGAUAGAUUUUUGAAGAAGUUGAACGAAUCGUUCCCAAAAAUUUUAUUCGAUGUCGUCCCGAUAAUGUGGAUGAAACCCGCAGUGAAAGCAGAAUAUGAUCCUCCACCUCACUACGAUUGUCCGGUUUAUAAAACAACAGCCAGAAGAGGAGUUUUAUCCACUACUGGUCAUUCGACUAAUUUCGUCAUGUACACAACAUUCGACUCAGAUAAGCCACAAAAUCACUGGAUUAAUCGAGGGGUAGCAUGUCUUUGUCAACUCAAUGAUUAAGUGGUAUGACUCGAAUAAAUUUUCAUUUAUUAUAUCAUUGUAUACUAAAAUGUU